GCGGCCCCGGACAGCUGCGUGAAGGUGGCCGUGAGGAUCCGUCCCCAGCUGCCCAAAGAGAAGAUAGAGGGAUGUCACAUCUGUACCUCGGUGACACCUGGCGAGCCCCAGGUGCUGCUGGGCAAGGACAAGGCCUUCACCUAUGACUUUGUCUUUGACCUGGACACGUGGCAGGAGCGGAUCUACACGACGUGCAUGGGCAAGCUCAUCGAGGGCUGCUUCGAGGGCUACAAUGCCACUGUGCUGGCCUACGGGCAGACUGGAGCAGGGAAGACCUACACCAUGGGCACUGGCUUCGACAUGAGCACCUCGGAGGAGGAGCAGGGCAUCAUCCCACGGGCCAUCAGCCACCUCUUCAGCGGCAUCGAGGAGCGCAGGCGAGCGGCCCAGAGCCAGGGCGUGGCAGCGCCCGAGUUCAAAGUCAGCGCCCAGUUCCUGGAGCUCUACAACGAGGAGAUCCUGGACCUGUUCGACAGCACCCGCGACCCCGACGCACGCCACCGCAAAUCCAACAUCAAAAUCCACGAGGAUGCCAGUGGGAGCAUCUACACCACGGGGGUCACAUCACGCCUCAUCAGCUCACAGGAUGAGCUGAUCCAGUGCCUAAAACAAGGAGCUCUAUCCCGCACCACGGCCAGCACCCAGAUGAACGUGCAGAGCUCCCGAUCCCAUGCCAUCUUCACUAUUCACCUGUGCCAGACGAGAGUGUGUGCCCGCCCAGAGCUGGUGAAUGAGGAGGUGAGCAGCCUUCUGGAUGGAUCCCAACCCGCUGCUGAGUACGAGACCUUGACAGCCAAGUUUCACUUUGUGGACCUGGCUGGCUCGGAGAGGCUGAAGCGCACGGGUGCCACUGGCGAGAGAGCGAAGGAGGGCAUCUCCAUCAACUGUGGGCUGCUGGCCUUGGGGAAUGUCAUCAGUGCCCUUGGAGACCAGAGCAAGAAGGUCGUGCAUGUGCCCUACCGCGACUCCAAGCUCACCCGCCUGCUGCAGGACUCCCUCGGGGGCAACAGCCAAACCAUCAUGAUUGCCUGUGUGAGCCCCUCUGACCGGGAUUUCAUGGAGACCCUGAACACGCUCAAGUACGCCAACCGGGCUCGCAACAUCAAGAACAAGGUGGUGGUGAACCAGGACAAGACGAGCCAGCAGAUCAGCGCCCUGCGGGCCGAGAUCGCCCGGCUGCAGAUGGAGCUGAUGGAGUACAAGGCAGGCAAGCGGGUGAUCGGGGAGGAUGGCGCAGAGGGCUACAGCGACCUGUUCCGGGAGAACGCCAUGCUGCAGAAGGAGAACAGUGCCCUGCGCAUGCGGGUGAAGGCCAUGCAGGAGGCCAUCGACGCCAUCAACAGCAGGGUCACCUACCUCAUGAGCCAGGAGGCCAACCUGAUGCUGGCCAAAGCAGGUGAUGGUAACGAAGCCAUCGGCACCCUCAUCCAGAACUACAUCCGGGAGAUUGAGGAGCUGAGGACCAAGCUCCUGGAGAGCGAGUCCAUGAACGAGUCCCUGCGGCGCAGCCUCUCGCGGGUCUCUGCCCGGCCCCCCUACGCCGUGGGCUCCUCGCCGGGCGCUGGCCUGGCCGGGCUGUGCAGCCCCGCGGCUCCCCUGGACACAGAGGCCUCCGACGUCCUCCGGCGGGCCAAGCAGGACCUGGAGCGCCUGAAGAAGAAAGAGCGGCGGCAGCAGAGGAAGAGCCCAGAGAAGGAGGCGUUUAAGAAGCGGCAGAAACUGCAGCAGGACAAUGGGGAGGAGACAGAUGAGAACGAGGUGGAAGAGGAGGAGGAAGAACAGGAUGAGAGCGGCUGUGAGGAAGAGGAUGGGCGCGAGGAUGAAGAUGAGGACUCGGGCAGUGAAGAGAGCCUGGUGGACUCGGACUCGGAUGCAGAGGAGAAGGCCGUGAAUUUCCAGGCUGACCUGGCGGAUCUGACCUGUGAGAUUGAGAUCAAGCAGAAGCUGAUUGAUGAGCUAGAGAACAGCCAGCGGCGUUUGCAGACCCUCAAGCACCAGUAUGAGGAGAAGCUGAUCCUACUGCAGAACAAGAUUCGGGACACGCAGCUGGAGCGGGACCGGGUCCUGCAAAACCUCAGCACCAUGGAGUGCUACACAGAGGAGAAAGCCAACAAGAUCAAGGCAGACUAUGAGAAGCGGCUGAAGGAGAUGAACCGGGACCUGCAGAAGCUGCAGGCAGCCCAGAAGGAGCACGCUCGCCUGCUCAAGAACCAGUCCCGCUACGAGCGGGAGCUGCGCAAGCUGCAGGCAGAAGUGGCCGAGAUGAAGAAGGCAAAGGUGGCGCUGAUGAAGCAGAUGCGGGAGGAGCAGCAGCGGCGGCGGCUGGCGGAGACCAAGAGGAACCGGGAGAUCGCGCAGCUCAAGAAGGAGCAGCGCCGGCAGGAGUUCCAGAUCAGGGCUCUGGAAUCUCAGAAGCGACAGCAGGAAAUAGUGCUGCGGAGGAAAACCCAGGAGGUGUCAGCACUGCGCCGUCUGGCCAAGCCCAUGUCAGACCGGGUGGCAGGCAGGAUGAGCCAGAAGCCGGCCAUGAUGGACUCGGGCGCGGAGGUCUCGGCCAGCACCACCUCCUCCGAGCCCGAGUCUGGUGCUCGCUCCGUCUCCAGCAUUGUGCGCCAGUGGAACAGGAAAAUCAACAACUUUCUGGGAGACCCCUCGUCCUCCAUUAAUGGGGCUCGGCCUGCCAGGAAGAAGUUCCCCAAGAAGGGGACGAGCCAGACCUUCAGCAAAGCUGCCCGCCUCAAGUGGCAGUCCCUGGAGCGGCGCAUCUUUGACAUUGUCAUGCAGAGAAUGACCAUCGUCAACCUAGAGGCAGACAUGGAGAGGCUCAUCAAGAAACGUGAGGAGCUAUCACUGCUGCAGGAGGCGUUGCUGGGCAAGCGGGCAAAGCUGCAGGCAGAGAGCCCCAAGGAGCAGAAGGGUCUGCAAGAGCUGAACGAGGAGAUUGAGGUGCUGGGGGCCAACAUUGACUAUAUCAACGACAGCAUUUCAGACUGCCAGGCCACCAUCAUGCAGAUUGAGGAGACCAAGGAGGAGCUGGACUCCACGGACACCUCGGUGGUGAUCAGCUCCUGCUCCCUGGCCGAAGCCCGGCUGCUGCUGGACAACUUCCUGAAAGCCUCCAUCGACAAGGGGCUGCAGGUGGCCCAGAAGGAGGCCCAGAUCCGGCUGCUGGAGGGGCGCCUGCGGCAGUCGGACGUGGCCAAUUCCUCGCAGAACCAUGCCCUGCUGGACGCCCUGAGGGAGAAGGCUGAGUCCCACCCUGAGCUGCAGGCACUGAUCCACAACGUCCAGCAAGAGAAUGGCUACACCAGCACGGACGAGGAAGUUUCAGAGUUCAGCCUGGCCUCAGAUGGGAGCAUCUCCCAGUCUUUCACCAUGAAGGGUUCAGCAAGCCAGGAUGACUUCAAGUUCAAGGGAGAGCCCAAGCUUUCGGGGCAGAUGAAGGCAGUGUCAGCUGAGUGUCUGGGACCCACGCUGGACGUCUCCACCAAGAACAUCACCAAGUCCUUGGCAUCCCUCAUGGAGAUCAAAGAGGACGGGAUCGGCUUCUCCAUCCGGGACCCCUAUUACAAGGAGAAGGUGUCGCGCACCAUCAGCCUGCCCACGCGAGGAAGCACCUUUCCCAGGCAGUCCCGGGGCUCGGACACUUCGCCUCUGACAAGGCGGAAAUCCUAUGACCGUGGGCAACCUGCCAGGCCUGCAGACAUUGGCUUCACACCACCCUCAUCCCCACCCACCCGUCCGCGCAACGACCGCAACGUCUUCUCCCGUCUCACAAGCACCCAGAGCCAGGGAUCUGCCUUGGACAAGUCUGAUGACAGCGAUUCCUCUGUCUCGGAGGUGCUGAGGGGCAUCAUUAACCCCGUGGGUGGAACCAAGAAUGCCCGGACAGCCCCGCUGCAGUGUGUCUCGGUGGCAGAGGGACACACCAAGCCUGUGCUCUGCCUGGAUGCCACCGAUGAGCUGCUCUUCACCGGCUCCAAAGACCGGAGCUGCAAAAUGUGGAACCUGGUGACAGGCCAGGAAAUCGCUUCUCUCAAGGGCCACCCAAACAAUGUGGUUUCCAUCAAGUACUGCAGCCACACGGGGCUGGUGUUCACCGUGUCCACGUCGUACAUCAAGGUGUGGGACAUCCGCGACUCCGCCCGCUGCAUCCGCACCCUCACGUCUUCUGGCCAGGUGAUCUCUGGGGACGCGUGUGCCGGGACCAGCAGCCGCACCGUCGCCAGCGUGCAGGGGGAGCACCAGAUCAACCAGAUCGCGCUCAACCCGGGCGGCACCGCGCUCUACGCGGCCGCCGGCAACGCCGUCCGCGUCUGGGAGCUGAGCAGGCUGCAGCCCGUGGGAAAGCUGAGUGGCCACAUCGGGCCUGUGAUGUGCCUCACGGUGAACCAGACGGCGAGCAACCACGACCUGGUGGUCACAGGCUCCAAGGAUCACUACGUCAAGGUGUUUGAGAUCACGGAGGGCAUGGCGGGCAAUAUUGGCCCCACUCACAACUUCGAGCCCCCUCACUACGAUGGCAUCGAGUGCCUGGCCAUCCAGGGAGAUGUCCUCUUCAGCGGCUCCAGGGACAACGGCAUAAAGAAGUGGGAUCUGGAGCAGCAGGAACUUAUCCAGCAAAUCCCCAAUGCCCACAAAGACUGGGUCUGUGCCCUGGCCUUCAUCCCCGGCCGCCCCAUGGUGCUGAGCGCCUGCCGAGGAGGCGUCAUCAAAGUGUGGAACGUGGACACCUUCACCCCAGUCGGGGAGAUCAAGGGGCACGACAGCCCCAUCAAUGCCAUCUGCACCAACUCCAAGCACAUCUUCACUGCCUCCAGCGACUUGACAGUGAAGCUCUGGAGUGGGAGGAGGUUGCCUGCGGGGUCAAACUAGGAACUGCAGAAAGACUGGAAGGCGUGGGGCAGGGUGAAGGUCAGGGUACCUCCCCCUGCUGUCAGGACUCAGUCACCCACAGGAGCUCAGCCCAGGACAGGGAUUUCUUUGUGCCUGACCCAACGGGGUGGACAAUGCUGCAUCUGGUACUUCGAGCACUGUCAGCUCCCGUGAGGAAGCAGCUCCACCUGCCCUCCUGCUGAGGUUUCUCGGUGGUUCUCCAGUGAACAGGAAAUGUUUCAUCUCUCCUCUCACCCAUCCUGCUGUAAGGACUUUGGGGGUCAGAGAUCCCUGACUCCUCAGAGACACCCAGUUCCCUCCUGCCACUGUGGGCCCACGUGGCCUCUGCUGUGCUGUGCUGCUCCCGGGCUGGUUCCUGCAGGAGUCUUCUCCACUCCACGAGGACAUUUGGUGUCUGCUGGCCAGGACCACAACACAGAGGGUGCUUCUCUGGAGCCGUUACUUGUGAGACACCUCUGCUGUGGGGACUGCAGAAGGAUUUCCUGGUACUCCCAGCCUCCCCUUUCCUGUGUGGACGUGUCCCCAGUGGUUGGAGAGGUGCACUCUGAGCUCCUUUGCCAUGUCCCAUCUCGUGAGGCACAGCAGCCUGGGAAGAUCUCCAUUGGGCAACUUCCAGACAGACCUGCUGCAGUUCCCUUUGGCAUUCUCCAAACCCCAGUUGUAAACUCAACUGCCCCAUGGCUCUGGGCUCUUCCCCACAUGCCCAGCUCUGCUCUGGACAUCGUGACCCCCAUCAGGGCUUUGUGCUGGGCUCCUGCAGCGAGUUAACCCCCUUGGGACGGAGAAAUGAAGCAAGAAUGGAAGUCACAGGGCAAAAGAACCAAGGCUGGAUUUGUCACCCCACUGCUGUGGCUCUGUCUGUCCUUCCCUUAGGUUCUGUCCUCAGACCUCUGCCUGGACUGGAGCUUGCUUAGGCUGAGCCUGCUGGGCUGCAUGGAUGCAAGGCUGGAGAGGAGCCAGCAAGGCACGGAGCAGCCAGAGCCCACUGUGGCAGGAGCAGAGGGGGAGGGGGUUGCACACUCUGACCUCGCACAAGUCCCCUGACUCCCCCUGUGCUCGAAGGACAAUCCUGCAGUGGAUGAUCUUGCACAAUCUCAUCUCCUUGAGGGUCUGGGGGCUCCACCCAGGAGUCUCCCCAAGGACGCACAUUCUGCAGGCUCUUUCCUCUGCCUCUCCUGUUCAAGGGGGGCUGGUAAGGCCCUGGUCUCACACUGGAGCUUCCCUCCAUCUCUCCUUUGGCCCAUUGGACCAUCCCCUGCUCUGUCCUGCCCUGGGCCACCCAGGGUUCUUGUGGAAUGGCCGAGGAGACCCCAGGAUGGGUGUUCCUGCCUCGCACACUCUCCUUUCCCCUUUGUCAAAGAAGAAGCAGCACUUGAACUCAAAUGUAAGGAUUUCUCCGUGUGAUCCCACCAGCACUGAACUGGGAUCUUGGAGGCCAGGGGCUCCAGGACCUGCCCCAUAAAGCACAGACCACUUCCCCUCUGCUCUCUCCAACCACGGUGACACCUUGACCUGCCCCAGGUCAUCUGCCACCAGCCCUUGCUCCAAGCAUUCUGGAUGGAGUGAGGGGAUUCCUCUGCAUCAAGAAAGACAGGAGUAUCUCUAUUGAUUUGGUGGGGGAAGGGGGGGUUUGCCU